AUGAUUGGUGAAGUAAUGCAAAGUAUCCAUGAUUUUGUUGAACAGUCAGAUUUCAAUCAACCAAUCGAAGCAGGAGUUCUCCCAGAAGGCUUGGAGAAACUGAUACUUGCGUAUGCACCAGGCACAGCCGUACCAACAUCAAUCUGA